AUGGGGCAAGUAAUUGCCGAUUUUCUAGCCGAAAUACCUGAAGGAGAAGCUAUCGCGGACCCAGUCGUCCAGGACAUCCCGGAAUCCAGCACCGCCCGGCAAACCUGGAAACUAUACACAGAUGGGUCAUCUAGUGGAAAGGGAUCUGGAGCCGGUUUAAUGCUGAUAAGCCCAGAUGAGAUCAGGCUGAUGUACGCCUUACGCUUCGAUUUCGAGUGUUCUAACAACGAAGCGGAGUGUGAGGCACUGUUAGCAGGUCUAAGAAUGGCAAAAUCUAUGGGGGCGACAAGGGUAGACGCGUAUGUUGAUUCGCUGCUGGUCAACAAUCAGGUAAACGAAACGUACGAAGCCAAAGAUGAAUCAAUGGCAAAAUACUUGGCGAAAACAAAGGAGCUCAUGGAUUCUUUUGACAACGUCACGCUCAAUCACGUGCACAGAGGCAAGAAUCAGAUAGCAGAAGCUCUCAGCAAACUCGCCACCUCAGGUAUGGAAAAGGAAGUCAAAGUCGAAACGCUGCAGACACCAUCAAUCGAACCACGGAAUGUUUCCGCUGUUACAGCGGAAGAUCCUUGCUGGUACACUCCGGUUCUACGUUUCCUGGAAACGGGGGAGCUACCUCCCGCCAAGGGCGAAGCACAGAAGAUACAAACGAAAGCGCUGCAAUAUGAGAUCAAUAAUGGUGUCUUAUACAGAAAGUCUUACCUGGGCCCACUGCUGCGAUGUGUCUCCCCAACAGAGGCAAAAUAUCUCAUCAGCGAAAUCCAUGCGGGCCUAUGCGGCAUACACGCUGGACCCCGGGCGGUGGUAGCCAAAAUUCAUAGCGCGGGAUAUUAUUGGCCUGGGAUGCACGAAGACGCUGUAACAGAACUUCGAAAAUGCCGCAGCUUCCAGAAAUUCGCUCCUCAAACAAUAAGGCCCAAGAACAGCCUAGUACCGGUGACUGCAGCAUGGCCUUUCCAGAAAUGGGCCGUUGAUAUCGUGGGACCCUUCCCGCCGGCCCCUGGAAAGCUAAAGUACCUAAUCGUGGCAGUUGACUACUUCACCAAGUGGGUGGAAGCUAAGCCUUUAGCCAAAAUAACGGCGGACAAUGCCAAAAAAUUCCUCUGGGAACACAUAGUAUGCAGGUUUGGAUUACCACUGUACCUGGUAAGCGAUAACGGAACACAGUUUACAGACAGAAUUUUCCAAGAAUGGUGCACUCAUCUCCACAUCCAACAAAUCUUCACGUCAGUAGCACACCCCCAAGGGAAUGGCCAUGUGACAACCCGAACUGUACAGGUUAGUGUCGUUUAUCUUAACAGUUCUAAGAUCUUUAUUAUUUUCCUUUGUUGUGCAUUAUUCGACUUAGGCGUGUUAAACGCUGUGUGUUAA